GCCUCCAGGAGUCAAAUUCACAGCACUCUGCAUCAGCACUUUGUGCUGUGCAGUCCUGGCUGAGAACGGGUGCCCUAGAUCAGCAGGGACUGAGAGCAGAGGGACACGGAGAAAGCAGCCCACCACCAUCUCACUGCUGUGGGGCCGGGGCAGAAGGGUUGUAUGUUUGUCUGAAUCUGGAACAGUGAGCAGAGGAACUCCGGCUCCUAUCAAGACGAAAAAGUCCACUAAACUCAUUGGGAAACUAACUCGUGAAGGCAAAUAUAACUCCAAUAUUCUAUAGAAAGUCUCUUCCCACUGGGAAUAAUGCUGUGUGGAACUGGCUAGCUAAAGAGAGAGUUCCUCCAGAGAUUUUGCCCAGGUGACCAGCUGGGCUGGGGAGGAGAGGGAAACAGUCUCUGCCAACAAGAAGGGUUGUUGUUUCAAACAGUCAUGCCACAAGAAGGGUCCAAGCUGAACUUGGGGAAGAAGAUCAGCAUCCCCAGGGAUGUCAUGCUAGAAGAGCUCUCACUCCUCACCAACAAAGGAUCCAAGAUGUUCAAACUACGCCAGCUGAGAGUAGAGAAAUUCAUUUAUGAGAAUCACCCCGACAUCUUCACUGACAGUUCCGUGGAUCACUUUCAGAAGUUCAUCCCUGCUGUUGGAGGACAUUACGGAGGAGAAGCUCAUGGUUACUUGCACAGUGGUGGGCGGAUGGUGGGUGGAGUAACUGCAGGGCAGUAUGGAUCUAGUAAGCUGCACUAUCCCCCUGCUCCUCCUCCUAAACCUGGGAGCAAAGGCGGUGCUGGGGGCACUGAAGCUGAUCAUGCCGGGGGCUCAGCCGGCAGUGGGGGAGGAGUGGAUGGUGGAGGAAGUGACGCUGCUGGAAAAGGUGAAAAGUCAGGAGGUGGAAAAAAAGUCUCUGUCUUUAAGACCUAUAUCUCUCCAUGGGAGCGAGCUAUGGGCAUCAGCCCUCAGGAGAAAAGUCAAUUCACCAUUGACUUGUUGUCGUAUGGUCCCAAAGUUGAACUCCCCCAUUACAAAUCUUUUAACAGGACUGCCAUGCCUUAUGGUGGGUACGAGAAGGCACGCAAGCUGAUGACCUUCCAGAUGCCUGAGUUUGAUGUUGGUCCUUUAGUGCCAGAACCCAUCAUUGUCUAUAAUCAAGAAAUCAACACUAGACCCUCCUUCAAUAGGACCCCAAUCCCCUGGCAGGCGUCAGGAGAACCCACGGAGUACAACAUUGAGAUCAAAGUGCCGAUGGACGGUGAAACAGAAGAGCUAUAAAUCCCAUUCUCUUCUUUCCUUCUUUCUUUGCUCUCAACCUCUCAUACUUGCAAGUCUAUUGUGGGGAGCUGAGAAAUGCACCUGCAGUCCCAGGGAUCCUUCCUCCUCUUUGUCCUUAGGGCAGACAGGUUCCCAGUAGGUUCUAAGCUGAUCUUUGCUGUGGUGUUCAUCCAUGUCAGAAGCAGACAGAGGGAAAGCACUGAAAAAGAGUGAGUGAGCAAAAGAGAUGGCUUAUCUUUGUACCCACCAAGGCGAGAAAAGACAAAAUUAUGGCCUAUGUUUAAUAACACUGCAUGUUGCCUGGCUGCUCCAUAUUGAACCUGUCCUGUCACUUGUUAACAAUCAAUAAAGCACCUAAAGGAAAUAAA